AUGUGCAUGGUGAGACUAUCAACAAGAAGACAAAGGUGCAACAACUGGAAUGAGGAUGAACCAUGUCCUAAUAUAGUCAAGAGAAUAAAGAUGUUGACCUUUGAAUCAAGAACUUGCAAAGCUUAUCAGUCAGAUGAGGGUGAAUAUGAAGUCAAGGAUGGGAAGUCUAUGCUUCAUGUGUCACUAAACAGGAAGACAUGUCUCUGUGGGGCCUGGCAAAUUUCUGGAUUGCCUUGCAAACAUGCAAUCAGAGCAAUCUUGGCUGCUGGAUUGAACCUACACCAGUUCUGUAGCACAUGGUUCUCAGUCCAAAAUUAUAAGCAAGCAUAUGCCAACCCAAUACACUCUGUCCCAAAUUUUGAUCACUGUCCAGAGAUUGAUAUGCCUACCAUACUACCACCAGUGAUGAAGAGAUCCAUUGGUAGGCCAUCUAGACAAAGAAAAAGGGCACCUGAUGAACCAGACAAAGGAAAAAGGUCCACAACAGUCCAAUGUUAG